AACUUGUAAUAAUUUUUAAUCGUAUGUUGUACCUAAAGACUACCGAUUUUUUUGCAGGUAUUUACAACGCGGAGUAGCAAACAGUUUAUUUACUGCGCGCCUGAUGCCUCAAGAGAAGUUACAAAUACAGCCCUCGACUUCACACUCGAUUGCCAUGAGAGUACUGCACUGAAUGUUCCGGGGUGUUGCAUUUCUUCUCUAAUGAAACUGAUCACUCUAAUAUAUGACCGACCCGGGCACAGUGGAUGUUGUUGACGUGGAAGGGACUGCCAACGACACCUACUACUACUCUUAUGACCACCACACCUGGGAGAGGAAGAUGGCGACCAACUCCUCUAAGCAAAGCCUGGCCAAGACCCCGGGACCCAACAUAUAUCAGCUCAACUACGAGAAGGCGUCCAUGUUUCUACCAGUGUUCGUCGUCCUUGGGUGCAUUGUGGUUUUAGGAGUGCUGUGCAAUGUUAUAGUGUGUUAUAUAUAUAGGUGUCGGUCGAGGCGAGCAACGUCAAAUUUUUUUGUAAUUUUCUUCGCAAUUUUUGACAUGUUCGGGUGCUUUGUGGGCAUUCCUUUGGAGAUUUCAGCUCUGGCGCUGCCGUAUUUAUACGAUGUGGUCCCGCUGUGUAAAGUGAUGGGGUUCGUAGAGACGUGGUCCGUAUGCUGCCUCUCUCUCACGCUCAUCUGUGUCGCGUAUGACUGCUACAGGAAGCUUUGUCGACCCAGUGAUGAUUUCGGUGUGAAAAAAGCAAAGAUAUGCUGCGUGGUUUCUGUGAUCGGUGCUGCCUUAGUGUCCAUUCCGGCGUUAGCUGCAUUUGGAGUGAAGGAAGUGAAGACAAAGUAUUAUGCAGAAAACGGCAAGACUUGUUCCAUAGAUCCUACAAUGCCUCAGUGGUUGACGAUCAUGUAUAACGUCUGUGUGUUAGGCGCUUUUACUCUAGCUCUGUGCGCAAUGUCGGCCAUGUACUGUUUGAUCGGAGUUGCGUGGUGCAAACAGAGGCAAGCCGAGGAGAGGGGAGAGAAGCCUAGUCCGGCUAAACGGGAAUUCCCUAAAAAGCAUAGAUUCGUUCGGGAGGAGACCAGUACCUCAUCUGUGACAAACUAUAGCGAGGAGAUUUCUCGCCUGCACAGCCCGGGGACGCUGUCGUACUCGCACACGUCCGACUCGGCUCGGCAGCCGCUGAAGAGCAGCAGCGGCAUCGUGAAGACAAACAGCCUGCAGGCGUCCAGCGCUCCCGUUGGGGGAGCUGUUGUGCAGCUUCACGUUAAAAACACGCGGCAGACGUCCAUUUUCAUGGUGAUUUCGAUAAUAUUCGUCGUCACGAUGCUGCCGUACGUGGUCGUUACGAUUCUGUGCGCGACCACCACGGUGUUCAACCAGUUCUCCUCAAACGUGUCUGAGAUUGUGUUCAACCUUUGCAUACGUUCCUACCUCCUAAACUACCUGGUUAAGCCGGUUGUGUAUUUUGUAUUUAACGUCAAAUUCAGGAAAGAGGUCAAGCACCUUUUUGUCAAGGUUUGGACGUUUUGCACAGGGGCAGCGGGGGGCGCGGAACAAAACUCACUUAACCCCCACCGGAGGUCAUUCAUCAUGGGUGCUUCAAGGUCUGCGUCCAGGACCCCCAUCUGCAGGCCGCCUAGAAGUUCAACUUAAUUAAUGUAAUUAAUUUAGUGGAUUUAACUAAUUUACCAAAGACUGUAAAUUUAAUCUUGGUUUGUAUUUAAAUAACUUACCACAAAUAAGCCUUUUUGUAUCUGUAUUCUGCUGUUAUUUAACUUUCAACUAUUUUUAAAAGAAUGAAAAUAAUGUUCAUAAAUUGGUCUACCUUUCUAUAGUAUGUUAUCAGCUGCAGUUUGAAAAAGAAAUUUCAAUCCAUUUUUGUUUUUGAAUAUUUAGAUUCCAUAGUUUAAAGGGUCAUCCAUAGAUGACUUCCAUGUUUUACAAAAUUCUGUUUACCUCUCCCCCUCCCCUUCAUCAAACAUCAACUCAGAAAGCCAGAAACCCAUCCCCCUUCCUCUAAAAUAACACCUCAGCCUACCACCCCCACCUCAAUUUAUCAAUUUUUUUUUUGAAAUAUCAAUCUCUUUGUAACAUUUUUACAAAUUUACAAAAACUGUCUUUUAAGAUAGCAAAAAAUAAUGGCUAAAAUUCAGUUUCUUACAUUACUUUUUAAAUUAAAAUGCAGAAAUGUGUCGUCGCAUAUUCUGAACUGUUCCUUUCUCUAUUUUGUCACUCAUAGUCACAAAAGUCUGAACACCCCCCCCCCCCCC